AUGAACAACCCAAAGGAGUGGGGUCACAUGAAGCAUGACGAGUUUACCGACUCGGAAAAUGAUGAAGAGAUGAGUGGUGAAUUUUAUCUCGACAAUCAGGAAGAGCCCUCAUAUGAGUUGGAUAUAGGGACACUUGAUGAUGAUGACCAUGAUAAGAUUGAAGAAGUGUUAACCAGAUAUAGUGACCUCUUUGCAUAG